GGCAUUUGUCUAAGUGACACACAUUUGUUAUUGUUUAAUUUUUGUUGUGAUGACAUCAAACUAAGAAAAAUUUUAUUUAUUUUUAAAAUUAAUUUAAUUAAAUCCAAGAAAAAAAACCUAAAAAAUGUUAGAAUUUUGCCAGAAAAAACACAUGUUACUUGGUCUGGGCCUGCUGGUUACCACAACAAUUGUUGUGUUAAUACUGGAAUCCCGAUUGGCCACCACCGGACCGAUGCGUCGCGGAAAAUCCCAACAAUUUGUUAUAGAAAACAAUUCAACCUGCUGGAAACGUGAAGAAUAUACAGUGAUACAGGAAUGUCAUAAAUGUUCAGACUUUGAUAUUGUCAGUCGAAGUUUAGGUGUAUGCAUACACACUAAAUACAAGGAGGUACUGAGAUGCAAAAGCGGUGAAAUUGUUACCAAAAGUUGUGACCGAGUGGCCUUGAUCGAUCAAAGACAUUUCAUACAAUUCGAGGUGUGGUGUUUUGUUAUUGGCAUUAUUAGCUAUUUAAUAUCUUAUGCUCGAGAUCGUGUACUAUCGAGAAGGACGCAUCAGAAGCUCGAACGACAAUUAAAUCGUGUAACGUAAAUAACGACGCAUUACUAAAGACGAUAUUUAGAUUAAAUUGUAGUUUUAAAAUAAACUUUAUUUUAAUCAAAUUUUGAUUUAUGUUGUAAUUUUAAUAUUUAGGAAUAUAGUGGGAGUCUAAAUGCAGCUUCAGAUUAUGAACGAAAUAUGUAAAACUUAUAUUUUCUAUUCCACUUGCACUUUCUAUAUCUAAUGAAACUUUUGUAACUAAAUUGCUAAUGAAAACAAGUCCACAAUUAAAUUAUAUUUAAAUAAACAUUUUAUUCGAUAUGAACUAUAAUAAUUAAGAGAUUCAUUGUUUAUAUAUCCAACACUUUCAUUCCAGUAUUGCUACUAAACAUGAUAUUGCUUCAUAAAUAGACAUUAUUUGUAUUUUAAGUAAAACAUUCGUUAUAUUUAAUGCAGUCAAUAAACAAAUGAAAUCUCUUAAA